AUGUAUUUCCGCCUUCUUAUUGACGUCGUCAUUUUGACGCUAGUAACGGCUCCAGCCAUUGCUAGAGCUUCGCCAACUCAAAUCCACAACCACCAGCAUCUUCACGCCGUGAGGCGAUCUGCCGCUGAAGUUUUCAAGACUGUGGACGUUCCAGGACCCACUGUUGUUGCCUUUGUCUUCAAAGGCAAGAUUGUGGGCCAGGACGAAGUCUGCCAAGGUAUCGAUGCUGGUACUUUGGAAUGGGAAGAUCCAACCAACGUCCCUUCAGAGUGCUUAUCAUUCAGCCAUGGAGCCAUCGCGAAGCCAACAGCAACUACUGCGGCCACUGGGGUUGCCUCGUCUCUACCGUCAGUAGCCGUCCAAGAGAAGAACGAUGUCAAGGCAAGCCCAGUCCAGUCCUCGCAAGCGCCGGAACCUUCGACCGAGCCAGCCUCGAGUAUGCCUGCGCACUUGUCGACAACCAACCCUGUACCCCCGACUUCAACCGCCUCAUCCGACUCUGCGCCAAUCGUCACUUCUACGACUGCCACACCGUCUUCGAUAGAGACCUCUUCCUCCCAGUCUGGCAGCGUUCCUGAAGGUCAAGGUCUUGAGCUGGAAUUCCCAGACGGUACCAUUGACUGCUCCACCUUUCCCUCCGAGUAUGGACCGAUCGAAGUCGAAUGGGCUAAUCUUGGUGGCUGGGCUGGCAUCCAGUAUGUCACAAUCCAGGGCGGCUCGGUAACCAACAUUGUCACUGCUGUUCCCGGAGGCAAGGGAUGUAUUCCAGGCGCCAUGUGUUCGUACGCGUGCCCCCCUGGUUACCAAAAGUCGCAGUGGCCUUCGGCACAAGGAUCCACUGGCCAGUCUGUCGGAGGUAUCCAAUGUAAUUCGGCUGGCAAACUCUCUUUGACCAAUCCCAGCCUAUCAAAGACUCUUUGUAUGAAAGGAACCGGAGCUACAACUGUCCAGAACAAGCUCGCCAGCAACGCCGCCAUAUGCCGCACCGACUACCCCGGUACUGAAAACGAGAUUGUCCCAUUGAAUACUCAGCCUGAGAGCACUAGUCCUCUGACUUGCCCGGAUGCCAAUAACUACUUUCAGUGGGACGGUCUACCGACGAGCGCACAAUACUAUAUAAACAACCAAGGUAUCGCUGUUGAGGAUGCCUGCAUCUGGGCCACUGACGGUUCUGAUAUGGGCAAUUGGGCCCCUUCUUACCUCGGUGUCGGUCAGGACGUUUAUGGCAAAACCUGGCUUUCAAUCUCGUCAACUGCGCAGAACAAUCCAAGUUCGUACUCACCCCUAAACUAUACCGUCACCAUUCAGGGCGAUACCAGCGGCAACUGCAGAGUAUCCAGUGGCAAGUAUUGCUCUGGGGACAGUUACCACGAUUGCAAUGAUCAGGGCUGCACUGUCGAGCUUAUGAGCGGUCAGGGGACCUACGUCUUGUCGGAUUAA